AUGGCGACGGGCGAGGGCAUGACGGGCCGGGCGGGCCCCGCGCCCGCUCGGGUGGCUCGAGGCCCGGCUGGCUGUGAGCGCCUGCAGCUCCGGCCGCCGGGGCCGCGCGUGAAGAGCACAUUUCAGACCUUUGGGAAAGAAGUGUGCCUCACAGGUCAUUCGCUAUGCCCCAGCAUGCAGACUAUUCUCAAAGAGUGCGUCUGCUGUGAGUGCCACAUCAAAUUUGGGGGCCACCUACCUGUGCCCAGGGCCGAGGCAGCUCUGCCCUACUGGGUCCCGCCGUCCCUGCGGCCCCGGAAGCAGAUCCCAAAGAUGGCACAGCUCUGUGUCCCUAGAGCUGUCAGGACAUGCCCCUGCCCAUGCCACGGCUUCGGGGGACGCCUCCCCGCACCUCGGGUUCAGGCUGUGAUGCCCUACUGGGUGCCCCGGGGCCUGCGGUCACGGAAUAAGGUGGUGAAGAGGCAGUGGAGUUUUAAAGGCAUGAAAGAGCGCCGUUUACUGGAGUCCUCUCUGCACAAGCGCUGGCGGAUCUGCGGAGACAGGCGCCUCCUGCUCAAGUGGCAGCAUCUCCAGGCCCUUCACCAGGAAAAGCCGCUGGCCCUGAGGAGGACAGCCAGCCCGCCCGCCCCGCCCCCGCCCCUGAGUCUCAGCUUCCUGACCUUCCUGCAGGCCAUCCUGAGGGCGCUGGUAGCCAUUCGCCAGUUGUUUUGGGUUUGACGUUGGGAUCUCCAGCAAAGGUUGUCA